UCAGGACGCAUCGCUGCUGGCUCCACGUCUGCGGCGCGCCUGCCAAACUUUUCCAGCACCGACUUUGGGAACUUCUCUCCGGCUGAACGCUGCGUAUUUGCGCUCCGUGACUUAAAGUUAUGAGCUUUCUGGAUUGGAAUUAGAUUUCGGAGCCAAAGUAAAGGAAAACAUGUCUGCCCGCGGAGACUCCAGAGACGAGUUUUCCACAGACGAGGAUGUGGAAUCGACGCGCCAGAAGAAGCGCACGGCGCAGGUGUCCAGUCUGCCCUUCAGCGUGGAGGCUCUGAUGUCGGACAGGAGGCCGCUGGCUGCGACGCCCGGACAGGAGGGAAGCUACGAUUUGGAUGAGGACGAGGCGCACAGGUCGGAUGAGUUUUCCCAACAAUUAGUAUCUAUUAAAUCAGAGCUGUCGGAACCAGGAGGAGGAAGUCCGUCUUGGAUAUCCAGCUGCAUAAAAAUGUCCACACCACCCCGGCAGGUCAGUCCAGCAGUCUGCUCCUUAAGGAAGCACAAAACCAACCGUAAGCCUCGCACUCCCUUCACCACGAUGCAGCUCCUGGCCCUGGAGAGGAAAUUUCGUCAAAAGCAGUACCUGUCCAUCGCAGAGCGGGCCGAGUUCUCCUCCUCCCUGUCACUGUCUGAGACCCAGGUCAAGAUCUGGUUCCAAAACCGUAGAGCCAAAGCCAAAAGGCUUCAGGAGGCCGAGGUGGAGAAACUGAAAAUAGCAGCCGGGUCCAAAGCAGUGUUCUACCCAGGCUUCUCGUCUUUAGGUUUACCCCUCAGCGGUAACAUGCAGGCUGGUUCAGCAGCAGCGCUUUAUGGACUGGGUAGCUCAUACAGCCGCACCCCCAUUCACCCCGCUGCACAUCUGGCCAUGUAUGCCUCACACGUUGGCUACAGCAUGUUCCACCUCUCCUGAGACGAAGCAGAUGUGCAGAGUGUGUUUAAAAAGGAAUGACAAGAGUGUAUCAUUAAAUCAUGUACCUUAUGAAAAACUUGUCAGCAAAGGACCUGAGGAGGAGUUGAAGCUUCAUGCUCUUUCCUUGUCUUGAGAUACACAAAGAAUUUAAAAAUAGUCCUACUUUUUGCAAGAGACUCUGUGGAAGAACCAAGAAUACAAGACCCAGAAGAUCCUUCUUUGUUGUCUGCAAACGUAUUUUGUUCCUGAAUGAUUCAAGUGUAUUUUUUAUCCGUUAAUCUUGAAUUUGCAGGGAAUUUUCAUAAUCCAAUCAGAAUAAUAAGAGGCUGCAAAUGGAAAAGUUUUGCCACGUUUGCCAUGACACAUGUAUUUAUUUAUGAUAACACUUAGAUUUAUAUUUUUCAUGAUGCGUAUCUACAUUUUUAAAGGCUAAUAUUUCGCAUGUAUGAUAUUAAAUUGAAACUUUCAAUCAACUCUCUUUUUGUUCUCUUUAUUUGUGGUGUAGGUACAAUACAAAGCAGUAUCAGUUACCUGGUGAGCUAACUCGUGUCUUGCCCAGCUGCAGUUUUGAUGCACAGACUUUACUGGGUAUUUCCUGGUGUUUUAGUUCUUUAGUCUGAUGCCCAUCUGCUUCUGUCAUCCAUUUGCCUCCUGCAGGUUACUCCACAUCCAGGAAGACUCUUUCUCUGGUUCUCUUCCCCUUCUGCAAAUUUUGUUUUUCCUCAAAUAUUCAGAGCAAUUUGAAGCUGAAAUAUCUUUUCUCAGAGCUAGCUUCUUUACUGAACCUCUGUGGCAAACAAACUUCCUUUCCCUCCUUUUGGUGCACCGUGAGAACCCACUGUUAGUGUUGCUAACUAGUAAUGAUGUUCUAUUCAGGGUUUCCAUGAAGCUAUGACAGUGUGACCCUCAUUUUAUUAUUAGUCAUGUUUUUCUUUCUUCUGCUAUUAUAUUUUAAAAUAUCUUUUGUUAAAAAAAGAGGGAUUUUAACUCUAAACGAUAAAGGUCACUUUUUCUGUUGCUCCUGUACUCCCGUCCAGAUUUACUGCUGAAGAACUAGAGUUGAGUUCACCCUCCUUAGAAAAGACUAUUUGUAUUUUUCAUUAUAUAAGCUGAUUAGUCUCUGCCAUAAAUCACUUCAGCCUGUAAACAGUGUAGUGGUCUUAAAUGCAUAAUGUGUUUUAAAUAAGUUGUUCUGUUGGUGUCCCUUAACUGAAAUUAAACAAUUAAGCAGCUCUUAAAAUGAUCACACAGUUGGCUUCAUUUCAGACUACUGAAACUUAAAUGAAGUUUGUGCUUUUAUUUAAAAAAAACAAACAAAAUAUGUGCGCCAUUCAUGGUGAACCAAAACAUAUUAGCCAACUAUUCAGUUUGCUAAUCAGCUUUAGAGCUUUACACUGAAAAAUGAAAGCAUAAUAUAAUACUGUAUGACUGUUAGCUGCUCUCAUGCAUAAAGGGA